AUGGUCGUGGUCGUAGUUAAGGAUCGUGGUUGUGGUCAUAGGCCCAUAGCUAAUCAAGAUGAAAAUGAAAUUGCAAAUCAUAUUGAAUACUUACCACUAGCCAGCACAGAAAAUCUUAUACAAAGAGUUUGUGCUGCUAUAUAUCUUUCUUUAGACAAAUUAUAG